UUCCAGGAGUGGUCCGACCACAAGCUGAAAUGGGAUCCGGACGAGUACGGGGGUGUGCGACAGCUAUAUGUCCCAGCAGAACAAAUCUGGCUCCCGGACAUCGUACUCUACAACAAUGCUGACGGAAAUUACGAAGUAACCAUCAUGACUAAGGCCAUCAUUCACAACGACGGCAAAGUGGUCUGGAACCCUCCCGCCAUUUACAAGAGCUCGUGUCAGAUCGACGUGCAGUACUUUCCUUUCGACAAGCAGGACUGCUUCAUGAAGUUCGGAUCUUGGACGUAUGACGGAUACCAGGUGGAUUUGAAGCACCUAGAAGAGAUCCCGGACAGCGAUACCGUGCCCAUCGGCAUGGACCUGAGCGAGUUCUAUCUGAGCGUAGAAUGGGAUAUCAUGGCGGUUCCGGCACACCGGCGGGUGCGGCACUACUCGUGCUGCAUGGAACCCUACCCGGACAUCACCUUCAACAUCACUCUGAGGAGGAAGACCCUCUUCUACACCGUCAACCUCAUCAUCCCCUGUGUAGGCAUUUCAGGACUGUCCGUCCUAGUCUUCUACCUGCCCUCGGACUCCGGGGAAAAGGUGUCCUUGUGCGUGUCCAUCCUAUUGUCUUUGACUUUCUUCUUCCUGGUCCUCUCGGAAAUUAUUCCGUCGACUUCUCUUGCGAUGCCACUACUCGGCAAGUACCUGGUGUUCACUAUGAUCCUGGUAACCCUGUCUGUGAUCGUGACGAUUGCUGUGCUCAACGUGCACUUCCGGUCUCCCUCGACACAUAAAAUGGCGCCCUGGGUGAGGAGGAUCUUCAUCCGAUUGCUGCCCCGAAUCCUGCUCAUGAGGCCGCCCCAGUAUAAGAUUGAGACCGACGAUGCCAAGGCAACCGCCGCCGCCACGCUAACAGGGGGUUAUCCAAAGGAGAGCGUGGCCAACAGUACGGCCCUAGGCGGCCGCCGAGUUUCAGAGGAGAUAGUUAUCCAUGACCUGGAAUACAGCCCCGGCAUAGUGGAGAAGAGGCUACCCCGCCAGAUCGAGAGGGCGAUCCACAACGCCAUGUUCAUCGCUCAGCAUAUCGACAACAAAGACGACUUUGAAAGUAUCAAAGAAGAUUGGAAAUAUGUGGCUAUGGUGAUAGACCGACUUUUUCUCUACAUCUUCACGUUCGCGUGUAUCGUCGGCACGUGCGGCAUUUUCCUGCAAGCACCCUCCCUAUAUGAUCCUGAGAAGCCGAUUGAUGUCACCCUCUCCAAAGUGGCUCUUGGGCAAGACAUGCCAGAUACUCUGUUCCACUGACCCUCAGGAAAACUUCGAUCACUCUUUAUUACCUUCUAAAGUUCUUGUUCUACAUAUAAGAAGGUUCAUUUUCUUCGAAAUCGGGAAAUAAUGGGUUAUUUGAUUAAUUACAAUGUAAGAGGUUGUUUGGAACUAAUAAGUGCUUUCAGCUGUAAAUUUCUUGCAUUUUUGGAGGUAACGAGAGCUGCAACUCUCUUACAGUUUUAGAGAUAAUCAUAACUUUAAGCUGAAAAACAUUAACAUUUUUGGAGCUAAUGAGGGCUUUCAGGUAUGAAAUUAUUGCAUUUUUAGAGCUUUUGAUGGCUUAACCUGUAACAUCUUAUAUUUUGUUUAAUCUAACGAAGGCUUUAAGUUGUAAUAAUCUAGCAUUUUUCGAACUAAUGGGGACUUAAUGCUAUAAAUAUUUCUGUAUUUUUUUAGCUAAUGAGUGCUUUAAGCUAUAAAAGUUUUUAACAAAAUUUGAGCUAAUGAGUGCUUUAAAAUGUAAGCAUUCUUAUGUUCUUUUGCUAAUGAGUGGCUUUAAACUAUAAAGUUCUUGCAUUUCUGGAAGUUUACAAUGAAUACUUUCAGCUGUGUAAUUUCAACAUUUUUGGAGCUAAUGAGUGUUUUAAGUUGUAAACUUCUUAUACUUGGGGAGCUUGUGAAUGCUUUAACCAGUAGAGUUCUUAUAUUUUUCGAGCUAAUGACAGCCUAAAGCUGUAAAAUUCUUAUAAAUUUAGAUGUAAUGAGAGCUUUAAGCUGUAAAAUUCUUACACUUUUUUAAGUUUGUAAUAAGGGUUUUGAGCUGUAAAUAUUUUUUAGGAUUUUAAUGUAUUGAAAGAUUUAAGUUGCAAAAUUCUUACAUUUGUCAGAGGCAGUAAAAGUUUAAGUUGUAAAUUUCUUGCAUUCUUGGAGGUAAUGAGAGCUUAAAACUGUAAACUCCUUACAGUUCUGAAUUUAGUGAGGGUUUUAAGCUGUGAAAUUCGUAGAUUAUGAGAUGUAAUGAGGACUUAAAACUGUAAAGUUCUCACAAUUUUUCAUUGUAAUGAGGGCUUUAGACUGUAAAUUUCUAACAGUUCUUAAGCUAACGAUUUCUUUCAGCUGCGGAGGUUUUACUUUUUUAAUGUAAUGAGGGCUUUUAAGGUGUAAAAUUCUCACAUUUCUUAAAGCAAUGUUUUUAAUUGUAACAUUCUUUUAUUUUGGGGGACUUUUAGCUGCAAAAUUCUUACGUUUUGUUCAUCAAAACUCCUAAUUUACAUAAUUUUUAGAGUGUUUAAAUUAGACUACCUUGCAUUUAUCAUCCACGCACUUUGAUCAGAGUAGUCGCUUUAUUAAAUAUUGCACUACCCAAGAGUCGGCAGUCACUGCUGACUAGUGAUCUAAACAAUUACCUUUAACAGACAGCAAUGAUGCCUGUCCUAGAUCGAGAAAUGAGUUUCAAAAAUUGCGUUUUGUGUUAUUUAUAAUAAAUACAACAGCUAAUUUCAUUAUCAUCCUUCAAAUUAUUGCAAUUAAUGAAAAUUAUUUCAAAUGCUGUAUAUUGAACACAUGGUAAAAAUUCUUUUGCUCAUGGAAAUUAAAGGCCCUAGAAUGAUGACAAUGGGCAAAAACAUGGAUGUUAAAUGUUCCAAUAUUAUUACACAAAGCUCCGAAAAAAAAAUAUUGGGAAAGCGGAAAGUCAAAAUUAAAAUUGUUUUAAAAUGUUACUUUAUAAGAUUAAACAUGCUUAAUUGAUUCGAAACUUUAUUAAUUAAAUGAAAUGAAUUGAUGGAAAGUUAAGAUUUUUUUAUAAAGAGGAAUUGAGUUUAAAUUUACUAAAGCUGAUGAAAUUUAAUUAAUGUUGACUUUUAAUUAUAAUCCACCUGAAUGCUCUAUAUACUUAAGUGCUUAAGAAAGUGUAACUUGAAGUAUAGUAAAAGAAUAAAAUAAAGUGCUUUAAAAUCGAUUUUCCAAACAACCUCCCAUUUUUGACAAAAAUCUGUCAAUAAUACAAUAAUGAACAAAAUGACUGUUUCAAAACAAAACGUGCCAAGUUUUUUAAAUCUGUAAAAUAUGUGCAAAACACUGCCAAUGAUGUUAAUUACUAAUGUUAAAUUAACAUUGGAUUAAUUAUUAGUGAUUAUUCAAUAAUGAGUUAAUUUUCAAUGAUUAAUCAAUCAAAUUAAUUUCAAUGAUUAUUUUCAAUGAUUAAAUGUUAAUUUUUAAUGAUUAAUCAAUGAUACUAAUGAUCAUGAGAGCUUGUUUAUUUUGAACAGCAAUUAUGCUCUAUCUUUAAAAAAUGUGCGAGAUAAAAUCUUUUAUCUUUUAUAUUAAUUUACAUAAAAUUUGCCGUAAAAACACUUCCAGAAGAAUAGAACGGAUAUGAGUAAUUUUUACUUUAUUUAGUUUAUAUAUUGCAAUUUUUUUCUCAGUUACUUAAUUUAGUAAAUUAUACUGUCAUUUUCCUGAUAAAUGUAAUUAGAUUUUGAGAAACGAUGUUCUUAAAUCUCUGUAUCAUUAAACAGUGUUAAAAUUUAAAAAAAAAAUUAGUACUUAGUAAAAUAUUAUUUCUUUUUCCCUCUCACCUCAAGGCCAUAUGGAACCCAUCAAAACUAUCAUUUUCUUUUGCAGAACACCUGAAACUAUAGUUUUUUUUUUUUUUUUUUUUUUUUGUGUGUGUGUGAGGAACCACAAAAACUGUAAUCUUCAUUAGUGGAUGCUUCUAUCUGAAACUAAAUCUAAAAUCUUUAGGCAAUCCCUAAAAACUAUCAUUUUCUUUUCCGCAACUCCUAAAACUGUAAUUUUUGCGGAACAAACAAACUUUGAUUUUCGUUUUGUGGAGCUCCUUAAACUAUAAUUUUCUUUUGCGAAACUUUCAAAACUAUAACUUUCUUUUGUGGACCAUUAUAUUUAAAAUUAAAUUUUUUAUGGAAUCCCUAAAAUUAUUAUUUUCAUUUCCUCAUAUUCUAAAGCUAUAACUUUUGAUGGAAUCUCUAAACUAUAAUUUUUUGUCGAAUCCUUAAAACUGCAGUUUUAUUUUACGAAAUUCUUGAA